GCUCCUCGGCCGCCACCGUCACCGCACAGGCGCUUUAUGGACAAAAAGGACAGCGUCUGUUCACAUUCACAGUUUUGAACUCUUGCUCAGCCUGUCUCAUCGAAACGGUCGGCAUGGCUGUGGCUGAAGUCGCGAUGCCCGCCGUGACAUCGUUCCCAAGUGUUCAAGCCAUGGAAGGAAAACAGUUCGACAAUCUGUGCAAGGUGGAUGAGUGUGCACUGAGCGGCGCAGAACACCCGCUCAUUGAAGUGGAGUUCAGCAUCGUGCAGUCUCCUGCUUUACCCCCCAAAGACGACGACGAACUGGGGAAAUUCCUGGACCUCGAGUUCAUUCUGUCUAACACCAUCGGCUCCGGUGCUGUGAGCAACAGCAACAUCUCCCCACCGCAGCAGCAGCAGCAGCAGUGCGCCUAUUCUCUGCCGGAGUCUCCGGAGAGCUGCAGCGGCGGUUCUGUGCCAGAUUGCAGCGAUCACCCCUCCCCUCACCUGGCCUCACAGAGCUACCACGGCACGGCGAGCUUCACGGGCUCGAGCCCAGUCCGCAGCCUCAUGGCGGAGCUGCUCACGCCCGACAUAAGCUACCCGGGGGAGAGUUCACCGGAGAGCGCAGGCAAGGCGAGAGACGGGCGGGAGUACACCGAACUGCGAGCGUUAAAUCCGGUCACCAUUCCAGCUGCUCCUGCUCACCAUCAAGUGGCCGCUUCUCCGCCGCCGCUUGGAUACAAAAUUAAAAACGAGCCUGUAGGUCAGUCUUGUAUGAUGGCUAAUGCCGGUGGGGACUUUAUGGGACAGAUGUUUGAGAAACACCAGAUGCGCACCGUGCAUCCGGCAGCCUUUACGCAUCACCACGCUACACUUCCAAGUGCGUUGCCGGGGUUCGGUGCGCACCCCAUGCAGCACCCUGCUCCUCAAGGACACACAGACUGUCACUUGGCACAAAUGAGCUCGCAUUCUCAUCCUCAUCAUCACCAUCUCCAAAGCCAGUACGUGAACGCGCUCUACCAGCCGCAGUACACACACCAGACUGUGCCACAGUUUCAAGGACAGUACAGCAUGCACAGAGAGACCAUGCGCGUUCACCAGCAGCACCACCCAGCCUCUAUGCAGGGGAUGAUGCUCACCCCACCCUCGUCGCCGUCGUUGCUGGAGUUUUACGCGCAGGAUGAGGUGGGGAGCAUCAAGCAAAAGCGAGGCCGCAGGUCGUGGGCCAGAAAACGCGCCGCGACGCACAACUGCGAGUUCCCGGGCUGCGGGAAAACCUACACCAAGAGCUCCCACCUCAAGGCCCACAUGAGGACACACACAGGUGAAAAGCCCUACCAUUGUAACUGGGAGGGCUGUGGCUGGAAGUUUGCCAGGUCAGACGAGCUGACCCGUCACUUCAGAAAACACACUGGACACCGACCCUUUCAGUGUCACCUCUGUGAGCGUGCGUUCUCCCGCUCAGAUCACCUGGCUCUCCACAUGAAGAGGCAUAUGUAGGCCACAUUGAGCAUACGGACAUUUUCGGGAUCGUGGCCAGAGCCUCCCAGGAAGAAGCACAAGUUGCCCCCUCACUACUGGACACUUUGUGUGUCUGGCCAAAACUAGUGAAACAAAACGUUCCCGUAGGGACCUUGGUAUAUGUGUAGUGCCUUGGCAGAGAGUCUCAAGCAACCAUAUCAGGCUUCAUGGCAUUUGGUCCCAUGAGGUACCACAAAUUUAUUCCCAUAGGAGCAACUUGUGCUGAUGGUUUUCAAAAGUGCAUCACACACCACAUAUUCAAGUGCCUCUCUGUCAGAAAAAAAAAGAAUGGAUACUGGUAUUUUUUGUACAUAUCUGUGCAUAUAUGAAUAUCUUUGGCUAAAUUAUAGUAGUAUUUAAGACACUUCCUCACCCUGUCUUUUGAAUAAGUUAUUGAUUGUUGGUGAGUGCCUUGAUAAGACUGUUCCCAAAGGGGAAAACUCACUGUGGGCAGGACCCAUUGUACAUCUGUAAAUUGUAUUUUUGUAAUGUUUACAUCUUAUGUCUUGAUGCUACUCAAAUCAGGUCAGGGUUUUUUUUUUAAUUGUAUUUUCUCUUGGUUUUUCUUUCUCAGAUUUUAUAGAUUUGCUAAGCAUUGUGGGCUAGGCCCACGUUUCUGUGGUUUUGUGAAGGUCUGCUUGAGCAAUGCCAAAAAUCUCUGGUACUAAAAAUAAUCAUAGUCAUUUUCGGGAUACCAAGAUUCAGGUGUCAAUCAGUCCUCACUUCAUUCCAAUUUAAAUGUUAUUGGUCGCUCAGUUAUUUUAGGGACACAAAACUGUAUUUUGUUAUGGAAAAUAGGUUUUUUAAGAAUGAAGAAAUCCACCCUAAACUGUUGUAUUUGAGCAGAAUUGCCACUCAGAUGUAUCAUUCUCCAAGGAUGCUAUUGUUUUUAUUUAC